CAUGGGAGGGAUUGUAAUGAGCCGAUGGAAAGAUAAAUCUAUACAACUACUACUGCGAUUACAUACACGAAAUUGACAAUUUAUAGGAAAAUUAUCGUUAUUAAUAAUUAAUGUUUUGACAACUACGAAAGGCGAAAGCCUAAGGAACAUAAAAUGAACGAUGACUGUUAGAGGUCCUUUGCAACUUACCCUGGCUCUUUUUAAACCAGACAUUACCAGAGUCCCUUAUGUAGUAAAGGCCAUACAACAAAAAAUAAUUGAAGAAGAGUUCUUUGUAGUAAGGCACAAGGAAGUUAGAUUACAUAGAGAUCAGACAGAGAAGUUUUAUGCAGAACACCGUGGGAAGUUUUUCUAUAACAGGCUUGUUACUUUCAUGGCAAGUUUCAGACAUACCAACAGAGUCUGUCAAGUGUCUUCUUGUAAAGAAUCCCUCUUUGAUGAUGAUCCACAUUCCACCUGUGUGAAACAUGCCCCAUGUACCAAUAAAGGGCAAUUUAGCCCAUGCGGUCAGUGCCUGCCUCUUCUUAGGUGUUGGAAGUCAACCAAAAAUCAUGAGUCUUUUACAGUAUUAGCAACUCGUUUGAUUCUGAUGAAGGACCUGCGACCUGAGGGUUCAGUGUACCCUUUAUGGAAAAACCCUUCAAGUAGGCUUCAGUGGGAAUUCCCAGAUGUACCACAUGACUGGACUCUGUUGGAUAUCCAUGAUUCUUCCUUUAUUGAUGGAUUAUUGAAUGAUGUGGAGUUUAUUGACCUCACUUGAGUAGAAAAUUAUUUUGAAAUAGUCCAAGUAUGAGUGGACAUUGUAGUGUUUAAAACCUCAUUCAAAGAAUGUUUUAUUCAAGAUUCAUCUUUUAUUACUUUAACGAAAUUAUUCAUUGGAGCUAGUCAUGGAAACAUUUGAUUGAAACACCCUAGAAAAUGAUACUGGUCCUCAAACAUAACACAAUUCUUUUUUAUGCAUCUUGGAAUCUUACAAAAGGUUGUGAAAGCUUCUUAUGGAAUACUUUACAAAAUAAAUUUUGGUUUACGAAUGAAAAUGAAGUUCAAUAAGUUUAAUGGAGUAGCCAAAGUCCUUUGCAAGGACUAUUAAAAAAUUUACAAGCUUCUUAUAGUAAAUUUAUAUUUUGUCUGGUAUUGAAAUUUUUUUUUUUUAAAUUACAGUGUUGUAUGAAAAGUGCAACUCACCAUUCACUCUUAUAUUAAGAGGCCUAACACUGUUCCUCUGGGAAACUUGAAAUAAUUUGUAAAAUUUUGGUGUUACGGUGAUGAGACUGUGUAACUAUGGGAAAUUUUCUAUGAACUGUAUUUCUUUUGUUUAAAUUAGGUACUGCAUACUACUAGUUGCUGCAUUGUCACUACAGAUGAUUAAAGUGACAUGGCUGUUUUCCAAAGUUCUUGUAUAUAACCAAAGCUAGAGUAAGAUUUUUAGUUAUUUUAUGGUAGUUUUAGAGCUUAUGAAAAUUAGGUUGAAGAUUCUUUUUAAAUUUCUUCUGUGAAUGCAUUUUAUUUUCAUAAUAAAGUACCCUAUUUAUAUUUUCUUUGGAAAUAACAUAUAACGUGUUGCCAGCAUAAAAUUUUUAUUUUGAAGAUAGAAAUAUAUAACAGAUCUGUUUAGCCUUUAUUGGAUGGCUUGAAACUUCAGUGAGAAUGAAAACAUUGAAAUAAGAUACAGCAAUGUGACCCAGAGAACUUGAAUGCUGUUAAUGCAGGGUAUUGUUAGAAACAUGAAGAGUCCUGAAUUUAAAGAUAAAUCUUUUUAUUCUUCACACUUAACUAAGUUUUUUUAUGUAGAUUUUUAUUUAUUUUCACUAAAAUGAACAACUUGAAAUUAGCAGUGACACUGAUGUGCAUAUAUUUUUCAGUGCUUCACAUGCUAAUUGAUGCCUCAAAACAUGGUUGCAUGGUUUUUGUUUAAAAUAUAUGUAUUUGUACAUAGUAUUUUAUUGCAGUUAAGGGGAAUGGUUUUUUUUUUGUAUUAUAAAUAAUUGAGAAA